UACCUGUGUAAACUGUGGCUUCUUCGCGGGGCGCCUUAGCCCGACCCCCGCAGGACUGCGGAAUAACGGCCGCAGCCCCGAGUGGACCAAGAGGGUGGGCAUGGCGCAAGGCCGGGAGCGCGAAGAUGUCUCCGCGCAGUUCGCCGGGUCCUCCCUGUCCGUGAGAUGGGUGCAAGGAUUCCCUAGUCAGAACAUUCAUUUUGCCAACGACCACACCAUCUGCUACGCUUCUGGGAACUUCGUAAUAUUCAUCAACCUCGACACCAAGAAGAAGACCGUCCUCCAGUGUAUUAACGGGAUUGUGGGCGUCGUGGCAGCGAACGUCCCUGGUGAGGUGGUGGCUUUCUCUGACCGCAGACUAAAACCCAUCAUCUACAUAUAUAACUUUCCUGCACUGAGCAGAAAAAGCAAGUUAAAAGGCAACGUCCUCCUGGACUAUACUUUACUGUGCUUCAGUUACUGUGGCACCUACCUGGCCAGCUACUCGUCUCUCCCGGAGUUUGAGCUGGCCCUCUGGAAUUGGGAAGCCAACAUGAUCCUGUGCAGGAAAUCAAAUCCCGGGAUGGAAGUAAGCCAAAUGUCCUUCAACCCCAUGAACUGGCACCACAUGUGUUUAUCAAGUUCAAGCGUGGUGAGCGUGUGGACCAUUGAAAGAAACAACCAGGAUCAUCAUUUCAAGACAAGGUUGGUAAAGCUCCCUCUGGAAGACGGGACGUUCUUAAGUGAAACAGAUGUGCUUUUCCCCACCUCACUGCAGAAGGACCUCAUUUAUGGCCCCGUGCUGCCACUGUCCGCCAUUGCCGGGCUGGUGGGAGAAGAGGCAGAGACGUUCAGGCCGAAGGAUGACAUAUACCCUCUGCUUCACCCAACUAUGCACUGUUGGACUCCGUCAAGCGACCUGUAUGUUGGGUGUGAAGAGGGCCAUCUUCUGAUGAUUAACUCGGAGACCUUGAAGGUGACUGUGCUGCAGAAAAUGGAUGACCUUCCACUCCUGGAUGGAGGCCAGCUUAUCAAUCCACUCACGCUGGUGUACCAGAAGGACGGCAUGCUCGCCUCUGGAAUCGAUGGUGUGCUGUAUUCUGUCAUCAUCAAAGACUCAAAGUACAAAGUGAAGAAUUUUCUUGAGUUCGAUGGGCCAGUGUCACACCUGGUGUUUUCCCCUAGUUACAAAGUGCUGCUGAUUCAAACAGACAAGGGGUCUGUUUACACCUACACAUAUGGUGCAGAGCGAGCCCUGGACAGAGUCCUAGAAGCCUGUGAUGGGAAAGUUCAGGCCACUGACUUUAUCACACCUGGAAACAAAUACUUCCUGACGCUCACGAAUUUGGGGGAAGUUUCUGUUUUGUGGAUAGAGGACUGCACCUGCAUAGGCAAGAUUUUGCUGAGGAUUCCAGCAACAACCCUAGCGUGCUCCCCUUCCUCCACGUCGGCUGCCGUGGGGACAGCGGAUGGCUAUGUGUACUUCCUCGACAUCCAUGAUGUGGAGUACCCUCAGGUGAUAGACAGUGCCUUCCUCUCCAAGUCACCGGUGAAGAUCUUAAUUUACGACCAGCGAGGAAUUUUUCUGUUAGUUGGCACAGAAGAAGGAAAUGUCUUUGUCAUCGAUGCCAGACCCUCAACAUCAUUUCAGAUUUUUGGAUUCACUGAGACGUACAGAGACAUCCUGCAGAUAUCCACAGUGUCUCUCCCAGUGUCAGACGUGGUGGAAGUUCUGGUGCUGACCCCACUCCCGGAAACAGGAAGAAGCAGGCUGGAAUUCUUCACGCUGCCUACAAUGUUAUCACAAGUUCCUAGUAGCUUUUCUGAUGAAAGGGGAAAGCUGAAAGAUGACUUCAUCCACAAGUUCCUGUAUGAGGUGGAACACCCUCUCUCUUCUGCCGUGCUGGGCUUCGAAAGGAACAAAAUAUACGGCUACUGCAGCCAGGCGCCAUACAUCUGCAGCUAUUUAAUACCUGACAAGGUGCAUAUUGGUGUUUGUGUCCUUAAGCCACACCAAAAAGUGCAGAGCAAACAGUACGGGGCUGGGAUGAUCUGCCUGUCUUCUCAUGGACUGUGGCUUAUGACAAUAGCUAAAUGUGGAUUUCUCUGUGUCCGAGAUACCUACAGUCUGGAAACUUUUGUUCGAUGUCGGAGUCAUUCUCACCAGGGGCAUGGGAUCCAGUUCGUGAACAUGUCAAUGGAUGGACAGCACAUCCUGGUGAACGGCAAGGAUGACGGCACACUCGUCCACCUCAAAUGGAAGCGACUUGGAGCAAGCCUAGCAAAUGAGAUCCUUGAACACUUCCAGCAACUGCUAGCCUCUCUGGGCAGCACAAUGGAAAAAGAGAAUGCAUAUUUAGCUUCAGCAGGAGCCUCCCACAUCACGCAACAGGAAGAGGAGUCCAUUGAAUCCACUAAAAAGUUGAGCUUGGAUUCAUCACAAGAGGAACUAGUCAUCAGUCCUGACAAGGAAAUUCCCUGGAUCCAACAAAAAAGGCAAGAGGCCAUCAGGAAGGAGGUCAGACUGUUUUCAAAUAAAAGAAAGGAGAUCAAAAGAGGAAUCAAGGAGCUUUCUCAAGUUAUUACGCAUAUGAUGGAAGAAAAUGAAAAGAUGGACCUGAUUGCAAAGUUAGAGCAACAGGAAUUUUGCCUGGACCUUGAGGAACUAGAAAGGCUUCAUGACGAAAGUGAGGAGGAGGUAACGAAGCUGAGAAAAGAUGUGGAGAUGCAUAACUUAGCCACAAGCUACUUAACCGAGCUCAUCAGGGAAGAGUGCUGGGACUCCAUGGCUGUGAAGGGCCGAGCUCUAAAGUGUUUCCAUAUACCCUAUGUGGUUGAGAACUUCCCCAUGAAAGCACGCACAGAAGAAGAGCUACGGGACUUGGAGAGAGUUCUGCAGCAAAAGAAGACUGAGGCAGAGUGCCUUAAGCUACGCAAGGAAAUUGUAGAGAACCAGUCUACAGCUGCCUUGGCUAAAAAGCAUCAUGAUGAGGAAGAUGAAGAAGAUGAGGAUGAAGAAAAGAUAGUAAAAGAUACGAGUCUGCCCAAUUACCUGCUGGGGAGUCUGAGCACUGAUUUUGGGGCAGAUACCUCAUUGUUGACAAGCCAAUUGGAGCUUCAUUCCAGAGAGGAGAAAAUCAACCAAAUUAUAUUGCUAAAAGAUAUCAUUUACAAGGUGAAAAAGGCUUUCAAUAGUGAAUUUGAUGCUGCCUACAAACAAAAAGAGAUUGAAAUUGCACGCGUAAGAGAACGGAAUGUUAGAAUUGAAGAAAUUAUUUCAGACUUGGAAUUGGAAGAAAAAGUCUGGCAGCCAGUGUUUGAAGACUGUGAGCAGCCAGAAAGAGCCCUUGUUGUGGAAGACGAUGAGAUUUCAUUUAAAAAACACGUUGCUCCAUGGCAAAAAGCCAAAGAAGAGUUGGAGGCAUCCCGUGAGAACGAGCGAUUGCAACAAGCACGGGCCUCCGAUGCAAGACACAGAGGCCUGAUGGACAUGAUGGGGGGUGUUCUGGAAGUCAAGAAGGAAGACAUCUUAAGAAUGGUGAUCCCUCAACCUGCUUUUGUGGCAAAAGCUGAUGCUCUGUGGACUGAAGAAGAAAGGAAGCAAUUCAAAGAGUAUGAGAAAAAAGUCAAGGAGCUAAAUGAAGAGAGAGAUAAGUACAGAAAGUCUUUAGAAGCAGAACUGAAGAAACUUCAAAACUCUAUUCAAGAAAGCACGCAGAACUUUGACGAGCACUUGAAGAGACUCUUUGAAAGAAGAGUGAAGGCAGAGAUGGUUGUCAACCAGGAGGAACUGAAAAUAAACAACCUUGUGUUUUCUCUGCUGCUGGAUGAAGAACUGAGCUCCAGAGAACAGUUCCUGAACAAUUACCUUUUGAAGAAACAGGAGGAGAAAAGCAAGACUUCAGAAUCCAUCCAGAAAUCCAGGGAGAACCUGGACUUGUUCAAGGAGCACCAUGACCUGUUAGUGGCAGAAGACAAAGUCCUGGAGCGCAGCUUCAAAAAGGAAAUUUCCGAAAUCUCUGGACACCAGGGGGAUGUCCUCCACAAGCUUUUUAAACGCAGGCCCAGGGUUCACAAACAGAAAGCACAGGCAGAUGUGACCAGUCUUGUUCCUUAUGGCGAGCGACCAGGAUCUGGCAAGUUAAAUAAGGAAAACUUUGCCCAGCUAAUGAAAGCCAUGGACGAGCUGGAUAAUAUCAGUAACAUGCCAGAAGGCUUGGACCCCUCGGUCUGGGAACAUUUCUGCGCAACACGACGAGCAAAAGUGGAAAAUGAAUACAAAUUGAAGCAGAAGGCAGCCACCCUACUGGAAAUGACAACUUUUCUCCGGAGGAAGAUAGAGGAUGAUGAGGCUGUGCAGCACGAGAUCGAAAGAGUGUUCCAUGAGCUCCUCCGAUUGCAGGAUGAAAAAGUGAAAUUCCAGGUGAAUUUGACAGUACAAAUUCUUCUUAAACAAGGACAAAUAGAACUGGAGAAUUUCCAGUUGACGCUGGAAUAUUCUGAUGCGAUUCUCAUCAAUAAGAACAUAAUUGAAGACUUGAAUUCUGUGAUUCGGGCUCAAGGACAAAAGAAAGUUGCUAGCAUGAUGGAAAGUAAAGAAGUCCACAAAGGAAUCUAUCAGAUUGAGUGGGAGCACAAGAAAAUGGAGAUGGAAAUGGAAGAUCUCAACCAGAAGGCCUGGGAUAUCCAGAUGCUGUUUUUCUCACGAGACCGUCAACAGUACCUAAAUGAACCAAACUACGAGAAUGUGAUUGCCAUUCAGAUUGGAAUAAUGGAGCAAACCAUCAGUGUCAUAGAGAAGACUCACAAGAAGAAUGUAGAUAACUGCAAAAAACUACUAAAGAAAUUGGGACGAUACAGCAAUCAAAAGGAUAUAGCAAAUUACACUCUAACCUGUAAUCUACGGGAAGAACUGGUGGCUGUCUCAGAAAGACAAGACAUCUGCAAUGCAGUAGGGUCUAAGCUGACUUGUGAAAAGAUUGCCAGAGAACAAUAUGAUAACCUGUUGAAACAACAGAAGCUGACAAACAUUUCCAAACAGCAAGCGGAGCAGAUUUCAAUACUGCAGGCUGAAGUGGAGCGGCUAAGGAUGAAAACAUUCCCUGCUCUGGUCCCAAUGUAG